AUGGCUUCGGCAGCCUCGCAGCAGUCGCCUACGUCCGAGCGAGCACCCACCGCCCGGCGACGGACGGCUUUCGCCUGCGAGUCGUGCCGUGUCAAGAAGACCAGAUGUGACGGUCAGACGCCAUGCUCCAAGUGUAGGGAGAGUGGGACCGACUGUUAUUUUGGCACCGAGUCUGUGUCGACAAAGGCUAAGAGCGAUGUCAUCCUUAAUGCCAUCCUUCGCGUGGAGAGUUCGCUUGGCCAGCUCCACGACCGCGUUACAGUGAUGGCACAUCGUUCCCCAACCACUGGACCACGUGCGUUUGCGGACUCACCUGGAUCUGAGACUGCGUCGAGAUCGCAACCGCGGCAAAAUGCUCAUUCGGGCCCAGCCAAUGGUGUAGACAACGCCAUCAUAUCCGAGGCACAUACUUCCACGACCGAAGCGGUUCUCGGCUGGUCUAUCUUUGACUCGGUUCCAUCUCUACGCAUUGAGCAAGGCGGGUCGAUCUUCAGCCUGGAAAACUCAAGGCCAGCGCUGUCCUCAAGGCGUCUGGCACAUCCCUACACUAGCGAGCAGGACGUGGAUCGAGUCCUCUACGCAUUUCAGCGGACGGUCAACUUUUCCUACCCAAUCGUCACGCUACAGGGCCUGACAAGGUGCCGCGCAAAGGUCAUCGCCGGAGACUUGGACGAUUCACUGGCUUCGUGUUUCAGUCUCCUGGUCAUGGCACUCGGCUGCGGUGCCGAAGUCGUUUCUGAGCUCUUGCCGCGUGAGAAUGACGCCGAAUUCGCGUUGUCCCACCACUUUCGAUCACUAAGCCUGGUAUACUUCGAUGCUGCCAUCAAGCAGAUACACAAUGCUUAUUGCGACAUCAGUACCGGCUCUGCACAGUGCCUCAUGCUUGCAGCCUUAUUUUAUGCCUACAUUCAAAGGCCGCUACAAGCUUGGUCCAUGCUCGGCUCUGCUGCCACCAAGUGUAGAGUCUUGCUCUCAUACGGCACUAAAACGGCCGACGACAGUGAAUGCAUUCGACGGAUUUUCUGGUCCUGCUUCAUCCUCGAAUCUGACUACGUCUCCGAGCUCGACGCGCUACCACGCUUCGGCGUCGCUGAGAUGGAGUCAUCAAUUCCGCUGCCAGGACGCUUCAAUACGCAUGGUGACCCCCAGGAAGAGUCUCAUUCGAGUCUCUACUUCCUGGCCUGUAUAUCAAUGCGGCGCCUUCUCAACCGAGUUCACCAUCUGCUUUUUGCCAAAGAUGGGGGUGUUAGCAUCAGUGAUCCGCGCCUACCGAGUAUGGUUAGCGAGCUGGAUGAGCAGUUGACUAUGUGGCGUGAUCUGCUACCUCCAGCAUUUCGCUUCACCGUUGAUACACAGCCAGUCGAGAGCCAACAUGGCGCAUUUCUGCGGCAGCGAUAUCUCACAUGCAAAGCACUCAUCUACCGACCAUACCUUAUGAGUGCACUUUCUCGUGGCGGUUCUAGGUCGGCGCCCGAAACCGUCGAGAAGUGCAAAGUUUGGCUUAACGCGUGCAUGCUACACAUCUUAAAUCUUCACAGCUACAUCCAGACCGUCAUGAUCGAUACUUGGAUAUGCGCCUUGUCUAUGGCAGGUACCAUGGCCAUGCUGCUGGCUGCAAAUCGAACGCCAUCUCUUCAACCCUGCCUUGGUGAUGAUCUGUUCCGUGUUGGACCUCAUCUGCGCCACUUGCUUGGUCGCUGGAUGUAUUGUGCAGACCAGGGUAUUUCACCCAGCGUCGAAAGGGCGGUCCAGUGGAUCGUGACGAUUGACGACAUUUUGCAACAGGACAAGUCGCAGUGGCUGGGCUCUCCAUCGACAUGA